CAUACCGCAUGCAGCAAUUCAAAACUUACAUACAUAGUGAGCUGAGCUGAGCUUUUGACAAAACAUUGUCCCGUACAAGAGGGAUCUGGACAUUUAUCGUAUUUCUAUAGACAUUCGUCUCUGCACACUACAAUGCUCAUACAGGAGACUCACAAAGAUGUCGCCACAAAGGCUGGCGGCGACAUGCGUAUAUACAUAUUUCAUCCCACGAUUGCAAACUACCCGAAGGCAAAAUUCCCGGGUGUAGUCGUGUUUAGUGAGAUAUAUCAAGUUACCGGUCCUGUUCAGCGCUUCGCUCGUCAAAUCGCUUCACAGGGCUACAUUGUCGCUGCUCCUUCAUCAUACCACGAGUUCACUGGCCCUGAAGCUUUGGCUUACGAUGGGCCCGGCACUGACAAAGGCAACGAAUGGAAGAUUACCAAGAAGGUAUCAGCCUACGAUGAGGAUGCUACACUCUCUGUUGAUGCUCUCUUAUCUCUACCGACGUGUACAGGCAAGAUUGGAGCUACAGGGAUGUGUCUGGGUGGCCAUCUAGCGUAUCGUUGUGCGCUUGACAGAAGAGUCAGUGCCGCUGUGUGUUAUUUCGCCACGGAUAUUCACUCGCAUAGUCUGGGAGAAGGCAAGAACGACGACAGCUUGGAGAGAGCGGGGGAUAUCAAGGGUGAACUUGUCAUGAUAUUCGGGAAGAUGGACAACCACGUUCCGCCUGCGGGUCGUGAUUUGAUCCGGAAAACACUUCACGACAAAGGAGUGAAUUUUAGCUUCUACGAGAUUGCUUGGGCACAGCAUGCGUUCAUCCGCGAUGAGCUGAGCAAAGGACGAUACGAUCCAGCCAUCUCAGGCAUUUGUUUUGAGAUGCUGCGCGAGUUGUUCAACCGAGCCUUACGUUCUGACCUGGGACCACGGGAUGGCGGUGAAGUUGAAGUUGAGGAUGUUUGCUAAUUUGGAAGGUACGGAUACCUUAGGUAUGACCGACAAUAAAUGCCUAUCACCAUGAA